CGAAAAGAAGUCCGACUUGAGUCCGCCUGUCUAUGACUUUUUAGUAUGCGAUUUUGCUUACUUCGUGGUGGUUGUGUCAAAAUUGUUUUUGAGACGUUCGUCCAAAAGUUUAGUGAACUAUCCACAAAUUCAGCUUUCUAAGGCGAAGACAAAAAGAUCAUGUGGCCGCGAGUAGGCGGGCAUGUCGGCCCGCCAACCCCCAUAACUCCAGAGGUAGACCGCUUUGAACUGAUGCCAUGGCGGUCGCCCCCUCCGGCUGAUCAAAUCAGAGCGGCGAAUGCACUAUCACACGUAUCGGCGACGCGGACCGCCGCACAGUCCGCUAGUCCGCCGUAUCUGGCCACGUCUUGUGUCUUAACUAGUUACAUCUUCACACUGUCUCCACCAUUCCCCUGUCCACUUCAGAUGCGAAUGGACUCCUUCAGUUCGCCGAGGCGGACAUUUCAGAGAAUGUAUCGAAGAAUACAACACCCGUACAGGCUACUUAGCCUAAGCGAGCGUAUGCACAUUUACCGACCUAUCCUGCCUUCCCUGCAAGAGGAGGAGUCGACCGAACAAAGGCCCACUGUCGUACUCCAGGAGCAAAGGCAAUCGCGAACAUCAAAGCGCCGCACUCGUUCUAUUUCGUCAUACAAUCCAAGCACUGAGCAGCCGGCAGAUAUUGGCCAAUCGACACAGAUGCAUUCUCCCAGUUUGCCCCGCUCUGCAUCGAACCAAUGGCUGAGGCAGAGCCAGUGGCCGCAGCCAGACGAGCCGGAAAUAAUAAUCACAUCGGACGUCCAACUGCAGACUGAUGACGAACAGACCGGCUUCGUAUCAAGCGGUCUAUUAUCAGCGUCCCUGCCGCCUGGCCCACCUUAUCAAGAACUGCCCAUAGAAUAUGAACCGCCAUCAGUCCAAACAGUGAAUGAGGCGACGCCAAUGUCCUCCGAAGACAACAAUGUGUCUGCUGAACUCACUACGGAUUACUUAGAGAUUGAAGUUAUUGAAAAUGAGUCUUACGUGAGCUAUAACGCCUACGAGGUUCCUGUCACUGAAGUUUAUUAUCAGCCCACACAAAUGGAAACCAAUGGAAUGGAACUGGUAGCCCAACAAUCGGAUGUAGUAGAAAGUUCCACUUCAAAUGGAGAUGCAACGGGUAGCGUUGAAACUGCUCAAAAUAGGUCAUUGAAGGAUUUGUCACCUGUGGUUUCGUUCGAGCUGUACACUCGCAAGACCAUGCCAGUUCUGCCGGCGGCGACGCCCGCAGCCAAACAGGUCGCGAACAAGAUGAUCAAGCACGCUCGCAACAAUAAAACUUUAGACGAGAAAUUGUUGCAUUGCCUCAACUGCGACCUUUUCCCUAUUCUACCUGUUACGGGGUAUUGCGGUCAUACUCGCUGCACGAGAUGCAUUGAGGAGAACGGCGACUGUCCUUGCGGGGCUGAAGCUCCUACAGAACUUCAUGUGAAUACUGUUGUUCAGUAUUUGCUUGGAAAAAUGCUGCCAAAUGAAAACUAUGUUAGGCGCGACGGCAGUCAUGAGCGACCUGCAGAUGUGUUGGAAGCCUCCUCAGCAGCAGUUAAAAAAAGGCCAUCGGUAGGCGGCACGGUUCGCCCGCGCCGCUCUCGCGGAAACCGCAGUGCGCCGAUGCGUGUGCGAUCCAACGCUCCGUGUGACGUCAACGCCAGGAUGCCGAUGUCGCCACAGGUGCAGUUUGAGUACGCGCGCCGACUGCUGUUGGUGGGCCGCUACCGCGACGCGGCGCCGCAUCUAGCGCGCGUCGCGGCCUCCUGCGAGUCGCUCGCGGUCGCGCGGAACGUCCGCAUGUUAUUGUCCCAGGUGAUCGUCCUGCUGGCUGACGGCAGCGACCCGCGCCGCAUCGCCCGUGACCUGCUCCGCUCGGUCCGCCUGCAAGGCGCCAGUAGCUGGCUCAAGCCAAGUGACCUGGAGUGCGUGCUGUGCUACCACACGUACACCAAGCCCAUCACCACGCCCUGCGGCCACACCUACUGCCGGACCUGCAUCGAGCGCGCCCUGGACUAUAGGAAGGCGUGCGCGCUCUGCAUGCGACCGCUGGAGGACUUCGAUGUGACGCAGGCUUGCGAGAACGUGUUCGUUGGGGCUGCGCUCGAGUCGAUCGACGCGUCGAGCCCACCGCAGCCGCCGGAACCAGACGUCAUCCCAAUCUUUGUCUGCACCGUCGCGUACCCAUCGAUCCCGUGCCCACUGUUCAUCUUCGACCCGCGCUACUGGCUUAUGAUCCGCCGCGUGCUUGAGUCCAGCUCUCGCAAGUUCGGCAUGGUGGCCUACGAGCGCGACCGCAACUACUCAGACUAUGGCACGGUGCUGGAGGUCUGCGACUGCGUGCACCUUGAGGACGGCAGGUCGUUCCUGUCCACCAUCGGCGUGUCCCGCUUCAAGCUCAUCGAGCGUGACGUCAGGGACGGGUGCGACGUAGCCCGCAUCCAGCCUCUGACCGAUCUCAUCCCGACAGAGGGCGUUUUGAUCCUGAACCUACGGAUGCUGAGCUCUCAGAUCUUGUACAAGGCUCUGAUGUGGCUCAACAACAUGAACAAGACGGUCCGGACGGAGAUCGAGAACGCUUUCGGACAGAUCCCACGCGCGGACCACGAGCAGGACGAGUGGUGGGACAGCCCGGACGGCCCCGCCUGGCUGUGGUGGCUCAUCGCCAUCUUACCUCUUAGAUCUGAAAUCAAGGUACUGAUCCUCUCUACAAAAAGCCUGCUGAAGCGUAUGAUGGCGGUGUCACGUACACUGGAGGCCAUAGACCAGGUGGCCAUAACCACGACAUCUACCUCAGAGUGCGAGAUCCGCAGCGCCCUGACCAACGCCGACGAGUGGCUGGAAAGGGGCUCCUGACUACAGAUGCACCUCGCUGACAUCGGUAGGAUGCCAGACUAAACCUACCAACGUUUGGCAGUCAAUUAUUUCUUUUUUUUUGCAUAUUUUUUGUAUGAGCUGGGUUAAAUUGACAUUACAAAUUAACUGAUUUUGCUGACACAAUUUACAACAAAGGUACUUUUGUGAAUGAUUGCUGCAAGGUUAGUUACACUUUGUAAUUUUUUUUGCGCUCGCUGGUUCGAUGAUCCUACAAGUCGACACUUUCGUGGAUGGUUGUCGCCAAAAUUUACAAAUGUAAUUUUGUGACUAUGAUAGUAGGCUACGAUUUGUCAUUUUUUGUUAAAAUUUUUUGUGCCCGCUGGUUUGGUGAUCCCACAAGUCUACACUUUCGUGGACGUUUGUUAUCACAAUUUACAAAAGUAAUUUUGUGACUAUGAUAGCUACAAGGCUACACUUUGACAUUUUUGUUAUAUUUUUUUGCUCUCGCUGGUUCGGUGAUUCUAUAAAUCUACACUCCUGGACGUUUGUUACAAUUUGCCUAAUUAUUAUUUUUUGACUACGAUUGCUAAAGCCUGGUCCGUGAGCACGUAGAAUCCCGAAUCCGCAGUGAUUGUGCGAGCGCGACAGCAACAU